UGGUCUGGGUGGUGGUGGCAUUUAUUUGAUCUGAAAUUAGUAAAAUAAUUGUUUUUAUUCGUGAUAUUAAAAUUGUAUGAGUCUCAUUAUGUGUAUAAAAUACCUAUUUAUCCGCGGCCGAUAAAAUUCUACAGCAUCAUAUUGAUUUUGUUCCACCAAGAUUCAGUCUACAGAUUAAAUUAUUGUCAUGGUGAGACUAGCAGCUUGUAGCGCGGGCGGCUGAGCCAUGGUGGUGGGAGUGGGCGGCGCGCUGCGGCGCUCGCACCUGGCCGCGCUGGCGGCGCUGGCCACGCUGCUGCUGCUGCUGCUGGCCGCGCGCGCGCCCGCCCCGCCUCCCCUGCUGCGCCCGCGCCCCGCCCCCCGCGCCGCGCCCCCCGCCCCCGCUGCGCCCAACACCACCGCGCCGCACACCGCCUCCCGCGCCGCCGACACCGCCGCGCCGCGCUCCUCGCCUCGCACCUCGCCCCGCACCUCCCCGCGGACCUCCCCGAAGACAUCGCCUAAGACGCCCGCGCGCCCGCGCCCCGUGCUCACGCGCGACGUGUACGAAGCGGGCCACUCGCGCCCGCACCCCGAGCUGUGCCCGGCGCUCGGCGCGCACGUGCGCCUGCUCGUGCUCGUCAGCUCGGCGCCGUCGCACACGAGUGCGCGGGAGGCGGUGCGCCUCACGUGGGGCCACUACGCGGCGCGGCGCGACAUCUCGUUCGCGUUCGUGCUCGGCGAUCCGCCGGCGUCGAUGCGCGCCGCCGUGGACGAGGAGGACGCGCUGUACGGCGACAUCAUCGUCGGGCGGUCCGUCGACUCGUACUCGAACCUCACGCUGAAGACGCUGUCGAUGCUGGAGUGGGCGGACACGUACUGCCCGCGCGCGCCGCGCCUGCUCAAGACGGACGACGACAUGUUCAUCAACGUGCCGCGCCUGCUGCAGUUCGCGGCGGCGCGCGCCAACGAGACGCGCACGGUGUGGGGCAAGGUGGUGCACAAGUCGCUGCCGAAGCGCACCACCAAGUCCAAGUACUACGUGUCGCCGUUGCAGUUCCCCGGCCGCGUGUUCCCGGACUUCGCGACCGGCCCGGCGUACCUGAUGACGGCGGAUGCGGUGCGGCCGCUGCUGGAGGCGGCGGGAGCGGAGCCCUACGUGCGGCUGGAGGACGUGUUCGUGACGGGCGUGCUGGCGGCCAAGCUGGGCAUCAAGCGCCGCCACGCCGCGGAGUUCUACAACAAGAAGGUGGCGGCGCACCCGUGCGCGGUGCAGCGCGGCAUCGCCAUCCAUAUGGUGCAGUACCACGAGCAGUUCGACCUGUGGCGCAAGCUGCUGGACGGCAAGACCAAGUGCGCCAGCUAGCCGCGCCGCAGCUAGGCGCCGGCCCGCGAUGAAUCUCUCUCCGCGCUUGUGAUCGCCGAAUACUCCCGUUUCUCGACCGCGAUGUUAUUUUUGUAUUAUAAUUACGAGAUGUAUUUUUUAUACAAUUUUUUUACGAAAUUAAUAUUGUAAGCGAUAAGUUUUACUGCAGCCGGCGUUCGUCGAAAUUGCCAUGAAUUUAUUGUAACGCUGCGCUGGCAUUAUUUGGGUGAAGUUAUGGUUCGGUUGCUGUCAGAAUUUUCUGAGGGUGUUGCCCUAAUUUGUGUAAAGGCUCGUACGCACUAGCGGCCUUUGUCACUGCGAUUUAACGCAGCUAAAGCCUGUAAACAAUAAUUAGGACUAAAAAGAUUGUGCUAAUAGAUUUUAUUAGUAUUCUUUUUGCUGAUCGCCAGUUAUAAUCUAGCGAACCUUUAAGAUAUUAUGGGGUUAUUCAUCCGUGGCCUAUUAUAACGAGAGCAGCUUACGAGCUUCUAUAUUUAACUUGUAUAAAAAUAAACUGUAUUUAGCCGCAGAUGUUCAGAUCUAGCUUUCUGAAUUGUAUCUAGGCAGUCUAGCAUAAAUACCUCUAGCUAUACCCGUGUACGACGUUUAUUUAUAGUUUAGAUUUUUUAUUUAUGCUUUUGACUGUAUAUUUUUUCUGUGAUAGGUUUAUUUUUAGAUUGAAAUUUUCUUCUGUAUAGCGCGAAUCUAUUUAACUUUUCAAAUUACUUGAGUCAUUUAAAUCACACAAUUUUAUUAUUUAGGUUUAUUAGCAAUUUAAAAUAGAUAUUAUUCGAAUAAUAGAUUAUUUUAAGUUAUAAAGGGUUCUGUUUUCGAAUACUUCUUUGGAACGAAAGGGUUUAUUUACAUUAGUUUAUUUUUUUUUUAUUAUUUACUGGUGAGUGUCAUAAGAUAACAGCCAUAGAGAUUAUAGACGACGAUUCUGACUUUAUACUUUUUUAUUGCUCAGAAAGUAAACUAUGGCAAGUAUUUUUAUGUGACGUGUACCACUGUGCAAUGUACAAAAUAGUCGUUUUAUAAGUACUAAGUAUCUUAUUUAAUACGUCACAAACCUAAUGUCCUUAGACCUAGGCAAUUUUGACAUUAGGCUAGUUACAGACAUUUGUAUAGUCCGUCAAGAAAGUCAUGACAGGCGGGAAAUGUUCUAAA